UGGUAACACUGCAUUCUUGUACAUUUGUUGGUAUUAUGAUAGUUUAUUAAAUUGAUUGUUUAUUAAAUUCGCGGUCACUUCAUGGUUAAGCAAAUGCUGCAUUUUCGCUAAACGCCACAGUCUCAGCAGAUCUCAAUAACGAAACAGUGUGCAUAGGCAGUUUACCAAAGUUUUUGCCAAACAGUUGCUCGUCUUUUUGUUUCCCCCUGCAUCGACCAACGCCAUAUCCAACGCUUGUUGGAAUCUCGUCGCUGUUUGUGGUUUGGAUUUGCGCGCGCGGGUAAAAAAAAAAAAUUUGUAACAUUUUCCGAGUGAAUAAAAUUUGGCUCGUCUUGCAACGAAAACAAUGUCCAACUACUCAAAUGACACAGAGGAGCUGAGUCCAGCGACUCCAAUCCACUAUAUAACGAAACUGCUGUCGGAUAUAUGCCUAUCCAUAAACGGCCCCCAGCACGCCGAGGAGCAUGAUCGUCUGGUUAACAAUGCCUUGAAUAGCAUAAUGGAAAAGCCCAACUCGCUGAGCGAAUCGGGGCCGAUCUUGAGCGAGGACGAUUGUGUGAUCAAAAUAAUGCAUAUACUCAACUCAAAGCCGAAUCCAAAUGGCAAUCGGGAGGAGCUGCCCGGGAAUCUGUUCCUGAAAACGUACACAAAGUUCUUGAAGCUGAGCACGGAUGAAAAGCGACGCGAAGACGUCAUGAAUUUCUUGCUGAAUAUUCUGGAUAAUGAAGAGUCGACGUUCUUGCGUCCCACGAAUUUGAUGCGCAAUGGCAAGAUUGGCGGUGGUGGUGAUGGUCCCAGGGAUAUGCGACCGGUGGUGCCGGACCUCAAGAUACCCAAUUCCGAUGAUAGGCAGGAAGAUCCGCGUCGCACCAUGUCCGACAGCAAGAUUGGUGGCCUGCGCACUGGCCCUGAGCUCACAGAUAAUCUAACAGAGGUGCUCUCUGAGAGAUUGACUGGUAGCUAUGCCUAUCGCCAGCAGCAGAAAAGGGAGCAGCAGCAGCAUCAGCAACACCAACAGCAACACCAACAGCAACAGCAACAGAAUGGCAGCAGUAGCUCCUUCAACUAUGAUCCCAGCCAGUCAAGUGCUGGCUUGGGCCAGGAGCAAAUGCUCAGCUACACAGAAAUGGAUGAAAGCUCGGACGCUGUCAUGAAUGCCAUUUUUUCGUUUACGGGCACUCAGGGUAAAUAUCUACGAAAGGAUGUCGUCACUGGGCGCUUCAAGCUGGACACGACGAACAUGAAAUUGCUGACAACGACCGAUGCUGGCCUCCUGCUACGCCUCUCCGAGCUGGGCUACUAUCACGAUCGUGUGGCCGAAUUUGCCGAUCCCACGAAGGGUUACAGUGCCCUGGGCUGCAUGGGUCAGGCCCUCACAUGCUUUCUGCGGAAGGAACUGGCGGACUAUCAUGGCGAGGUGUCGCUGCUGCACGAUCAGGUGAAUGCAUUCAAGAUGGCCCAAGGGCAGGGCGGCAGCUUUACCGCUCGCGAGCGGGAGUGGCACGACAGACAGCAGGAGCCGGUGACGCUAUUGCAGCUGCUGAUGUGGUACAUAAAGCCGCUACAUCGUAUGCAAUGGCUGACCAAAAUUACCCAUGCCUGUUCGAUGAAAAAGGGCGGCGAACUGACAUCCGUGGUGUGGGACUAUCUGGAUCAUGGCAAUCCAGCGGUGGAUAGAUUGGUCAAUGAACUGCUCACGGCCAUGUGUCGACCGCUGGCGCGCAUGAUCUCCCAGUGGAUGCUCGAGGGUGACAUCACGGAUAUACACAGCGAGUUCUUCUUGGAGUCGCUGACCGAUGUGGGGCCCGAUCGCCUGUGGCAUGAUAAGUUUCGCUUACGCGUUCCCAUGCUGCCGAAAUUUAUUUGCCAGGAGCUGGCCGAUAAAAUCCUGAGGACCGGGAAGAGCAUUAAUUUUCUGCGAGAAGUGUGCGACAAGAACGAUUUGGUCAAUGACCAGGGGGAGCUGAAAAAGAUCAUGGAAUCGAAUGCUGGCGACAUUUUCUCCUACACACAGGACACAAAAUGGCAUGCCGCCAUUGAGAUCUGCUAUCAGAACACCGCCAAGAAUGUCCUCGACUAUAUGGUGGGUCCCCACAAGCUUCUGGAUCAUUUGCAAUGCAUGCGCCGGUACUUACUGCUCGGCCAGGGUGAUUUUGUCAGCGUAUUUAUCGAGCAUAUGAAAGAUGAACUGGAGAAGCCAGGCACCGAAAUCUUUACCCACGAUCUGUCGGCCAUGCUGGACACUGCCCUGCGCUGCACCAAUGCCCAGUACGAUGAUCCAGAGAUCCUAAACCAUUUGGAUGUGGUGGCACAGAAACCGUUUAUGGGUGACAAGGGCUGGGACAUUGUUUCGCUGCAGUAUGUGGUCCAAGGGCCGCUGGCCACCAUGCUGGAGCCGACAAUGUGCACCUACAAGGCGCUGUUCAAGCCCCUGUGGCGCAUAAAGCACAUGGAGUUUGUGCUGUCGACAAAGAUCUGGAAGGAGCAGAUGACCAACGGAAAGAAACUACGCAAAAUGAGUGCUGAAAUUGCCCAUGCUUCGUACAGGCUUCACCUCUUUACAUCCGAGAUUAUGCAUUUCAUCCAUCAAAUGCAGUACUACGUUCUGUUUGAGGUCAUCGAGUGCAAUUGGGUGGAGCUGCAGGAGAAAAUGAAGCAGGCGACCGGACUGGAUGAGAUACUCAGUGCCCAUGAGCGUUUCCUCGAUACCAUUACCGUGGGAUGUUUCAUCAAUUCGAUGACCGACAAGGAACGGCACCUGGAGGCCGUGUUCGAGAACAUCAUAGCCCUGGAAAUCUGGCAGGCCAGAUUCUACAAGGAUUGCUUUAAAGAGCAAAACGACCGCGAUGUGUUGGAGGGAAAAAUUGCCCACUCUGAGAAGGAGGGCCGCUUUGGCGUCACCACAGAAGAGAAAAUGGAACGGGAUCAGGAGCGAAAGAUGUUCGAGCAGAAGGUGAUUAUCGCCUGUCGUGGACUCGACGACAUUUCCUGUAACUACGAGAAAGCAGUGACUGGCUUUAUGAUGGGCCUCAACUGCAGCGAAGAUCCACAGCUUCAGCUCUUCGGCACACGGCUCGAUUUCAAUGAGUUCUACAAGAAGCGCGACACCAAUCUCAGCAAGCCCCUUACCUUUGAGCAUAUGCGCAUGAGCAAUGUGUACAAUAGUAAUAGAAAUAAUCCAAUCGGUAGUCGUUUCGUGAUCAAUUCCCAGGCAUCAUCAUCACCAGCAAUGUAACAGCUAAUUUCAGAUCGCUUUUCGCGUUCAAUCAUAGUCCAUCAGCCAUAUUCAUGUGCCAAGAACAGCAGCAGCCACAAUGCUGUCAAAGAUGAUGACAUUUUCCAUAUUAAUUAUGAUAUAAGACCUGGGGGCUCAUGUAGUUGCGGAAUAUUAUAGAUAUCAGUAUACGCUAAAUCUCACAGUUCUGCUAAAUGUGAUCUGUACGAGCACCAAAUCGACAGCAUCUCAUAUUUCGAAAAAUCUGGCACAAUCUAUACAGCAUUUUAGUAUAAUUUGGUUGCUAUAAGCGAACCGAUAGGAAAUCGGGAUAAAGUAUUAAAGUGAAUUUUUUUUUUUUUCUAUUCAAGGGCCACAAUGUUUAUUUUUACUUAACAAAUAUUGGAACUUGUUUUAUUUAUUCCAAUGGUGAUAGACAGCCAGCUUAAAAGCUGAGAAUGCGCCCUCAAAAUGGAUUGGUCAAUUGUUAUUAAACAAAGGCUUUAGAACCGAGAUUGUAGAGUAUAGAAACGUUUUAUAAUGCAAAUGUUUGAAACAGUUUGAAUGUCUUUUUGGUCAAUUUUUUUUCCAGAUUAUUGGGUGUGUGUACAUAUAUGUACAUAGAGGGACUAAGCUCACAAAAACUUGGUAAGAAUGCUUACAUUUUGCCGCAAAUGUUUUGGUUAGUUGUUAAGAAAAAAGCAAAGUAUUUUAAAUGUUGAAAGGAGUCGGAAUGUAAAUAAUUUGUUGUAGACCAGCUGUAAUUGAAAUAAAUGUUAAAUCGGGAAAGAAAGA